AUUGACAUUUUUUUUUGUGUCAAAAUACAAAAUAUAGGUGUCGAAUUUUGUUCAUUUUUUAAUCAAAAUAAGCAUAAUAAUUAGAAGUUCAAGGUAUAAUUACAGCUGCGAAAAUGAGUAUGAGACCGGAUGAUCAUCGUAGAAAAUGGGAUAAAGAUGAGUUUGAGAAAAUUGCUGUCGAGAGACUACAAGCGGAAUUGGAGGAAGAAGAACGCUCAAAGAAAAAGGGUAAGAUUAUAGCUCCACCAGUUAAACGAGAACUUCUCAAACAACGUGAUUAUAAAGUUGACUUAGAUUCAAAACUAGGAAAAAGUGUUGUAAUAACAAAAAACACACCUACCUCACAAACUGGUGGCUAUUACUGCAAUGUAUGCGACUGUGUUGUCAAGGACUCUAUUAACUUUCUUGAUCACAUUAAUGGCAAAAAACAUCAAAGGAAUCUUGGUAUGUCCAUGAAAAUUGAACGAAGCUCAUUGGAUCAGGUUAAAGCACGGUUUGCACUAAACAAACGUAAACUAGAAGAGAAGAAAAAGGAAUAUGAACUGGACACUCGGCUAAAAGAAGCUGCAGAAGAGGAGGCAAGACUGAAAGAACUCAGACGCGAACGUCGCCGAGACAAAAAACGUAAACUACAGGAAGACGAUGACACUGAAGACACUCCCGCACAGUCGGAAUUAGCUCAGAUCAUGGGAUUUUCUGGUUUUGGGGCGACAAAAAAAUGAUCCCUUAAUUUUAUUAGAAUAAGAUAUAUUCAGUAUGAUGAAUAAACAAAUUCUCUUUGGC